AACUAACCACUUGUAUUUUCCAGCAGCCAUUGUACAACGGUAAAACCAUCCAACCAAAUGUGCUGGAGCUCAGCUUCUGUUGCUAAGUAACUUAACAAUCGAAGCGUUUUUGAAACAACUCAUUUACCACACACCAAAAAACAAACAUAACUUAACAUGCAUGUUUUUUAAGCACUUAGACUAUUUUUAGAAGCAGUUGAGACCUACAUGGAAGUAUAAGUAUAAAAACUUACAAAAUGUGAAUUCUGCUUAAUAAGUUCCCUUUAAUUCUCUUAAACUCCAUUCCCAAAGCAUCAACUUGUGGACCAUUCUUAAAAGCCAACCAAGUAUUUAGCUUGUUAGCUAAAUAUCUAGUUAUCAAGCUAAAUAUUUAGUUUACUAAAUUUGCUUGCUAAUUGCAUAUGUAGUUUGAAACAGAUAUAGACAAAGUGGUGAAAAUGUGACUUUGAAAAAUGAAGUCUUUAAUUAUCUCCAAAAAAACAAAUUACUUUUGAUAAUUUUUGACUAACUUGACAAAACGGCUCCCCAUUGUUGGAAUAUUAUAAUAUAGGACUCACUCAGUAAUGGAAUAAGGAAAAUAUUCACCUGUGUUGUACAUUUGAUGGGUUCUGUGGUAGAAAUAAUUACCAGAUUUAAAUAUUGUCCCUGAAUACAUCGACCCCACCGCCUGCUUGGAGUCACAUGAGGCUGAUUAACCAGCAUAGCUCUCCUCAAAACAAAGCUUUUCUUUUACCUAAAUGACUUAAGCGUGAUCGUGCUGCCCAUGUUGCCGGGCGGACAGGAUUUCUCUGGUUGACUCUGGAAAACAAAGUUUCCUCCUCUUCGCUGAACAAACCGGAUUAAAAAGCCUUUUUGCCACGGCAGCAGCGGCUGAUUUUACCAUGUCAUCAUCACAGCAAAUGGAUGAAAUGAAAGUAAAAAGAGGAAUUGUGAUCAAAGACGACUGGCCUGGCUACAACCUGGAUCUGUUCACCUACCCUGAACAUUACCACGACGACAUUGAGAACGUCUACAUUCCCCACGGAGUCAUCAUGGACCGGAUAGAGCGCCUGGCCCGGUACGUCACGGAGGACUUUGAGGACAGUAAGAUCAUGGUGCUGUGCGUCCUGAAGGGAGGAUACAAGUUCUGUGCAGAUCUGGUGGAGUUCAUCAAGGUUCUGGGGCGCAGCUCCAACCGGUACCUGGAGACCCGGGUGGAGUUUAUCCGCCUGAAGAGCUACCUGAACGACCAAUCAACAGAGGACCUGCACAUCAUUGGAAGCAGUGAUCUGUCUUUUCUACACGGAAAGAGUGUGCUCGUUGUUGAGGCCAUCGUCGACACAGGAAAGACCAUGAAGGCUCUUCUGAAGCAUGUGGAGACCUUUGAGCCCAAGAUGGUCAAGGUCGCGGGUCUGCUGGUGAAGAGGCUCCCUACCAUGACUGAAAGUCUGACAGACUACGUUGGAUUUGAAAUCCCCAACCGAUUCGUGGUCGGCUACGCCUUGGACUACAACGAGUACUUCCGUGACCUCAACCACAUCUGCGUCAUCAGCAAAACGGGAAAGAUGAAGUACAAGAUUUAGAGAAUUAAAGCCAUUAAUUAUACACUGUUAAAAAAUAUAUUAGCCGUUUUUAGCAGUGUGACUGUGUUUAACUUUAAUUAAUUAUUAAUACUAUUAUUUUUUACAUUUUUGCAUGUUGUUCAGAUAAGUUGUAUUUGUAAUAUGUUUAUAUAUUGACUUCCUCUUUGCUUUUUUGUCACUAGACCUGUCACAAUAAAAAAAUU